ACGCGUCGCGCCGCGGCGACAGUGACAGCUCCGGUGGAGCACCUGAAGAGAGGGUGUGGGCUCGCGACGCGGACAUUAGUGGGAGAGCUCGGAGUCGGACUUCUCGGACACUGAGGACUCAAAUGAGUUAGGGGCCAACGUGGGCCCCGAGAGUACCACGAUGGACACUGUAGAUAGUGUCAACAAACGGCAAGCUACUCGUGUCUUCAAGAAGUCCAGUCUCAAUGGCAAGAUCACGGUUUAUCUUGGCAAGAGAGAUUUCGUCGAUCACAUCACACAUGUUGAUCCUAUUGACGGGGUCGUCCUAAUCGAUCCUGACUACAUAAAAGAUCGAAAAGUGUUCGGUCAUGUUCUCGCGGCAUUUAAAUACGGUAGAGAGGAUCUGGAUGUCCUCGGGCUGACCUUCCGUAAGGACCUCUAUUUAGCAGCAGAACAGAUUUAUCCAGUACUGCAAGGAACUCAGCCCCCCAGGGAACUGACGCGAUUACAAGAGAGAUUGAUCAAAAAACUGGGCAACAAUGCGUAUCCCUUUUACUUCGAGUUACCACCUCACUGCCCCGCUUCGGUUACUCUGCAACCGGCACCAGGUGAUACUGGCAAACCCUGCGGUGUCGACUACGAACUGAAAGCGUUCGUAGGUGAGACACAAGAUGAUAAACCACAUAAACGGAGCUGCGUGAGGCUGGCGAUCAGGAAAAUUAUGUAUGCGCCGUCGAAACAAGGAGAACAGCCCUCAGUGGAAGUCAGCAAAGAGUUCAUGAUGUCCCCGAACAAGUUACAUCUGGAAGCCUCCCUUGAUAAGGAGCUCUAUCAUCAUGGCGAAAACAUAGCUGUGAACGUGCACAUAGCGAACAAUAGCAACCGGACUGUGAAAAAGAUAAAAGUGUCAGUUAGGCAAUUCGCGGACAUCUGUCUGUUUUCCACGGCACAGUACAAAUGCACCGUCGCCGAGGCCGAAAGCGAUAUAGGGGUAGCGCCAGGAUUCACCCUGAGUAAGGUGUUUUCUCUAAGGCCGACGCUUGCCGAGAACAAAGACAAGCGGGGUCUUGCUCUAGAUGGUCAGCUUAAACACGAGGACACCAAUCUCGCAUCUAGUACAAUGGAGGGAUGCCCGGUGGGCCCGGGUUUCACGCUGAGCAAGGUGUUCACCUUGACACCCCUUCUGGCCAACAACAAAGAUAAAUGGGGGCUCGCCCUCGACGGCCAACUCAAACACGAGGACACCAAUUUGGCGUCCAGCACCCUUGUGGUUGACCCGGCGCAGCGUGAAAACCUCGGCAUAAUUGUCCAAUACAAAGUUAAAGUCAAACUCUGCCUCGGCGCUCUAGGAGGCGAAUUAGUUGCGGAACUGCCCUUCAUUCUGAUGCAUCCCAAACCGGAAGAAGAGGAACCAGUGCCGUCCACAGCUCGACCAAGUCCUACGCACAAAACUGACAGCGGGGAAGUUCCGCUCGAUACAAACCUCAUCCAAUUGGACACGGAAGCAGAUGGCGAUGAUGAUAUAAUCUUUGAGGACUUCGCUCGUUUGAGGUUGAAAGGCGAAACGGAAGCUUGACCGUGUUCCGCUAACACUUUGACACGUAUCGAUCAAGUGACUUUGACGCCACCAUGUCGCACGCAAGACGGAAGUUGCACAAUUUCGCCAAUGAUGCCAAUAGUAGCUAUGUCGCAGCAACAAACUUAAACGAUGUAUUGUUUGUUGAAGCGAUAUUAUCGCUAUUCCCAAGCGCAAAGUGUCAAUACCGAUUUUUCCACCGUUUUGACACAUUUUAAAAUUUAUUGCAGGAAUAGUUUAAUGAAAGAAAUAAAAAAAAAGCAAAAGAGAACACAAAAAAUUGUAUAAGAGAGGAAUUCUGCAAGCUGCUCACAUUUUUUUUUGUGCAAUUUCAUAUUUUUAUGUAAGAUAAAAAGAUUAUGGAAAUGCAAAUUGAAAAUGAUAUUGAGAAACUUUUUCUUCAACAAUCACCAUUUUUACCAAUUGUCGAAAGUAACGAGAAAUACACCG